UGCUGAUGAUUGGUAUAUUAUUUUGCUAAAAAUACAAAAUUAUUUUGAAUGUCUGUCAAGCCUAUGUGGAAUUUAUAAAACACUGUAUGUUGGUAAACGACUAUGUUAACAGUGGCAUUUGUUGUUUACAGGGACCAGUGGCCACUCGGUUAUUGGAACGUCUGAAAUCAAGGAUUACAGAUGUGUUGAAUCAACCACACUUGAACUUGGACUAUUUACAAUACAUUGUAAAUCAAGAAGCAUUCAUUCUGACAGCUGCCUCCAGUACUUUAAACAUCCCAGCUGAAAUUGUGUCUUGUCUUUUAUCCCUGCAAAGUAAGAUCCACGCAGCUGUUUCCCAAGAGAGUUCCUGUGCUUUUAUUAGAGCUGGAGAAAGAGGCCGACCAAAGUUAAUUUUUUCUGAGGAGCUUCUGUCUCGGCUCAUUGACGUCCCCUUACCAGUGUCUUGCAUCGCCAGUGUGUUGGGUGUCAGCCAGAGCACAAUUUUCAGGCGCAUGCGUGAACUUGGCUUGUCCACGCCGUCCACAUACAGCACCCAAACUGACAGUGAAUUGGAUAAUGCAGUCCAGUCCAUCAAAUGCCGGAUCCCAACUGCAGGAUAUCACAUGGUAAAAGGCUGUCUGCAAGCCGAUGGACAUCAGGUUCAGUGGGAUCGUAUUAAAGAGUCCAUGCAGAGAGUUGAUGCUCCAGGAGUUUUGGAGAGAAUGACACGGCUGGGCUGCUUAGUGAGGAGGAAAUAUUUUGUGCAAGGGCCUUUGUCGUUAGUCCAUAUAGACACCAAUCAUAAGCUCAUACGGUACAACAUCGUCAUAUUUGGCGCUAUAGAUGGGUACUCGAGAAAGAUUUUCUAUCUGGAACCUGCAACAAAUAACCGCUCAAACACUGCUCAUUCAUUUUUUCUGAAGGCAGUGGAAAACUAUGGCUGGCCUUCCAGGGUCAGGGGUGAUGAAGGCGUUGAAAAUGUCUCAAUUGCUGAAACCAUGUUCACUGUGAAAGGCACUGGAAGAGGGAGCUUCAUAGCUGGGCGCAGUGUGCAUAAUCAAAGAAUAGAACGCCUCGAUGUCUGGACCAGCGUGACACACCUUUACUAUGAAGUUCUUCACAGUCUCGAGGAAGAUGGCCAGUUGCAUUUGGAAGAUGUUGUUCAUCUGUUUUGUGCCCACUAUGUCUUCCUUCCACGCCUGGCAGAGGCCCUUCACACCUUCACAGAAGGCUGGGACAACCAUCCUUUACGGUCUGACGGUGGACUCUCCCCAAACCAGCUCUGGGUUUUGGGCCACACGAGGAAACCUUGUGACCUGAAUGAAGAUUUGCAGAACAUGGAGCUAUAUGGAACUGACUGGGAGAUGUUUGAUGCUGUGCAUGAGGAACCAUAUGGAGUUCAAGUCCAGGAAAUUGAGUGCCCUCUGACUCCUGAUAUUAUGGAAAUUGUACAGUCCAUGAUAAAUCCCUUGGCCUCAUCAGAGUCAUUUGGUAGAGACAUUUACAUAACAAUGGUUCAGUGUAUUGAAAGUCUAAUGGCAACACAAGAAAUGCCUGACAUGUAA